UCUCAAAAUCUGUCUCUCUUCUAAAUUUCAAAAUUUGAACAGACCCCCCCUCUCUCUCUCUCUCUCUCUCUCUCUCCAUCGGAGGCCAUUCCCAUGCUCUUCUUCAAUUCCUAUCGGAGCCCAACAAUUGCCGGAGACACAACCCCGAACCCCCUAUUACCCUUUUCGUCUUCUCUCUUCCUCCCUCUCUCUCUGCGCCAUCCCAAUCUUCAUCAACAAUGGCAGACACUGCAAAAUGAAGAAUCUAAGGAAGAAUUUGGUAUAUUUGACCCAUCAUGUCCCGAAGCAUGUGCUGCAAUAUUGUGGAAGUCUUCCCAAGCAGCUCCUAAGGCUGCUGAAAAACUAAAGAUAACUGCUCAAGAACAUUACAGGCUCAGAAUUGCAGAUGGUAUAAUUCCUGAGGUAGGUCCAUCCAUGGAGAAUGAAGAGGCUCUUGGCACAGAUGGAAUAGAUGGUUUUUUGUCCAAUCUAGCUAAUGCAAUUCCUGGAAUUGAUGAGGCUAUGAGCUUUGCUGAGAUGCUCAAAUGGAUGGAGACCUAUGUGAAACUGUUCAAUUUCUUGAAGAAAGAAAUGCUAAUGUUGUCAUUCGUGAUGAGCAUGACCUUAAUGUCAUCCGGGUUCGAGAGUGUUUAGUCAUGGACAACUGUACGUGGCCCUAUCUAGAUGCGCAUCUUUUGAUCGUACAAGUGUCUUCCUUCCCAACAAUGAGCUAGAUUCUACUACAAACAUUGUUUAUCUUUAAAUUUUGUUGUAGUGUUACUUAUGGAUCAAAUCACUUUUGUCAAAAGGUACAAUUUAUUUAUUGACAAAUUUGCUUCUAUUGAUUACAAAUUAUUAUUUUAAAAUUUUUUUGCUAUA